AUGCCCAAAGAAGGUGAAACAAUAAAGUUUAAUGACUUUAAUAAGAGAAUGAAAGUGCCAUUCGUCGUCUAUGCUGAUUUUGAAUGUAUGCUUACUCCAGUACAUUCUACCGGAAGUGAAGAGGAAUACACAAGCGGAUCGUACACGAAAAAGUACCAAAAACAUGAUGCGAUUAGUUUUUCGUAUUACAUAGUACAAGAAGAACACAAUUAUGCAAGGCCAGUAACAUACUUUGGCGAAGAUGCAGCUCAGGUUUUUGUAGAGAGGUUGUUCAACGAGUCUAAGAAAAUAAGCUAUCUAUAUUCAAAAGAAGCUGCUAAGCCAAUGGAACUUUCAGAGGAGGACGAUAUUACUCUAUUGACGGCCACUCAGUGCCAUAUUUGUGGAAAGGAGUUUACAGAAGACAAGCCGUUUGUUAGAGACCAUGACCAUCUUACAGGAAAACUAAGGGGUCCAGCGCACAACGCUUGUAAUUUAAAUUUUAGAAAACCUCAUUUCCUCCCCAUAUUUAUUCACAAUCUUUCUGGAUACGAUACUCACCUGUUUAUCAAAAUGUUUGGUUUGAAUGAUGACACUAUUGAUGUUAUACCAAAUAACGAGGAAAAAUAUAUUUCUUAUACUGUUCAUGUAAAAGGAGGUAUUGAUUUGAGAUUUGUAGAUUCGGUUAAAUUCAUGUCAAGUAGUUUAGACAUACUCGUCAAGAACUUAUCUCCUCAACAUUUUAAGCAUACUUCGAAGUACUACUCGAGUGAACAGCUGAAGCUGCUGCAAAAAAAGGGUGUGUACCCUUAUGACUUUAUGGACUCCCUACAGAAAUUUGAAUACACGUCACUCCCACAUAAGAAAGACUUCUACAACAAACUAACCAUGACCAACAUUGAAGAUGAAGACUAUGAGCAUGCAAGCAAAGUUUGGAACGAAUUUAAUAUACAAAGCAUGAAAGCAUACACUUUACUCUACAACCAAUCAGAUGUAUUGCAAUUAGCAGACGUCAUGGAGAACUUUCGAAACAUUUGUAUGGAGACUUACCAGCUGGACCCAGCAUGGUACUACACAGCACCAGGACUAGCUUGGAGUGCCAUGCUCAAAACAACCGAGAUCGAACUUGAACUGUUAUCAGACUACAAUAUGAUUCUAAUGAUUGGAAACGGGAUACGAGGAGGAUUAUCACAAUGUUCGAACCGGUACGCCACUGCCAAUAACAAAUACAUGGAGGAAAGUUAUAAUGAAAAUUUGCCCACGUCAUAUCUUACAUACCUUGACGCCAAUAACUUGUAUGGCUGGGCUAUGAGCCAACAUAUGCCUUACUCUGAUUUCAAGUGGGUAGAAGAUGUUCACAACCUUGAUAUUUUAUCAGUUCCAGAUGAUGGAAAUAUGGGAUACAUAUUGGAAGUAGAUUUAGAGUAUCCCCAAGAACUGCACGACCUACAUUCCGAUCUACCUCUAGCACCUGAAAGACAAAUACCACCCGGAUCUAAACAAGAGAAACUUCUAGCCACAUUGUUUGACAAAAAGAGAUAUGUUCUACACUUUCGGAAUUUGAAGCAAUACAUCUCUCUCGGUUUGAAAUUAAAGAAUAUUCACAAAGCAAUAAGUUUCACUCAGAGCAACUGGCUUAAACCUUACAUCGAUCUGAAUACUAGUAUGAGAACUAAAGCUACAAACAAUUUUGAAAAGGAUUUUUUCAAGCUUAUGAAUAAUGCCGUGUUUGGCAAAACCAUGGAAAACAUUCGGAAUCGUGUCAACAUCCGGUUGGCGACAAAGGAAAAACAAGUAGACAAGUGGUUGGCUCAACCUAACUUCAAGAGGAGGACAAUAUUUACGGAUCAACUUGCGGCAGUACACAUGAGCAAGACCAAACUUGUAUUCAACAAACCUAUCUACGUGGGAAUGAGUAUUUUGGACGUGUCUAAGACAUUGAUGUAUGACUUUCACUACAAUGUGAUAAAAGCACGAUACGGGGAUAAAGUUCAAUUGCAGUACACAGACACAGAUUCACUUACAUACUUAACAUAUACUGAUGAUGUAUAUAAAGAUAUGAAGGAAAUGCAAGAUUUUUUCGACACGAGUGACUACCCACCUAAUCAUCCAUGUUUCAGUGUCACUAAUAAGAAGAUCAUCGGAAAGUUCAAGGAUGAACUAAAUGGAAGAAUUAUGUUUGAACACAUUGCGUUGAAAUCAAAAAUGUAUGCAAGUAGGUCAGAAAAUGACAGCAUCUCAAAAAGAUCAAAAGGAGUUAAAAGAGCAGUUGUAGAAAAUAGUAUUACAUUCCAAGACUACAAAGACUGCCUGAAAACCCAAAUUGACAAAUACUGUCCAAAUAACGUAAUUAGGAGCUAUAAGCAUGAACUGUAUAGUGUGGAACUCAACAAGAUUUCGUUGUCAGCUCAUGAUGACAAAAGAUUCAUUUUAAGUGAUGGUAUUAGUACUUUGCCGUGGGGACACUACAAAAUACCUGAGAAUUGA